UAGUGUGUGAAAACUGUGAAUGCAUUUCAGCCACUCCAAACCAAAGCUCAAAAAGAGAAACAUUUCACAUUAGUUCAACCCUAAAAGGAUUUUGCCAUUAAAAAGCCAUAGAGCUAUUCAAGUCACAUGCUGAAAAUUCCUGUAUUUUUUGUAUAUCACAAUAUAUGUUGCAGGAAAAUAAGAUAUAUUAAUGUCAGUUUUUUGUUAAUAUUGUCCAGCCCGAAUUCUCACAAAUCAGCUGAUUUCCAGGCCUCUCUAUGGACAAAAGGGAGUUUGGCUGCCAUUUCUUGGACCCUGAAACCCGCUCAGACACUGUGUGCGUGUGAUGAGAGCGAUAAGAGGGUCUUUUCUCUGCGUGUGUAAUCCACUGCGCUGACAUCAGCACCGAGACUGCUGAGACCGACAACACGGGUUUAAAUCGCAGGGUUUAUCAUCCGAGCGCUCAGUGUUUCUCCAGCCCCCUCUUUCUUUGAUUACCCACACACGCAUGCAUUAGAGAAUGGAACGUUCCAGUCCUUUCUUCUGAUUGGUCAAUCCAGUGUUCCAGUAAGAGCCCAGCUAUUAACCUUAAUUUAUAUGACACUACUAGAUCUACUAGUAAAAGACGACACCAAUCAGUCUGAUUCAGAAUAUAAUGUUCUAAAAACAUACCUGGGACACUUUACAACAGGGUUUCAUUUCUUAACAGUAGUUAACAAAAGUUAACUGUAUUGCUCAUUAUUAAUGUUAAUGAGUAAAUGGAAACUUAUUGUAAAUUGUUAGUGAAACUAUAGAUUUGUAUGAUUUGAAAUCAUGCAAGAUAAUUUUUGUUUAAUCAUCAUUCCUGUAAACUUAGGUAAGGUUUGAAUCUACAUUGAGAAUCAACUCUUUAUUGCUUAGAUGGUAGGACCAUUCACCUCAGAAACCCUUUUCAGUCAUCAGAUCCCUCAUAAUCUGUCAGCGCACGCCUUAUUAUUCUAAAUGUAUUUCCUUGUUGCUUAUUUGCCAUGGGUGUGAUAUAACAAUGAUUUCCAUGUGAUACAAUGAUUGGAUUAGUUGUGCAUCUUCAUUACUUCUGCAAGCCAGAGACGUUAAUCUCGCUGACGGUAAACGAAUGGCUAGGCGGUGGGCGGAGUCACAGGUUACAAAUACUGGCCCUGAACACCGUCGUCCACAACAACACACUUUAACUGGACACACAACUGUAUCUGCAUCUGAACACAGACAGAGACACAAUGAGUCCCAAACACGUCAUCUACAAGAAACUCUCCAGAGACAAAUCUGUUGGCGUUUACAUGGGGAAACGGGAUUUCGUCGACCACUGCGACUUUGUUGAUCCUGUUGAUGGUGUAGUGCUGAUCGACCCAGAGCAGGUGAAGGGAAAGAAAGUCUACGUCAUGUUGUCCUGUACAUUCCGAUACGGUCGGGACGAUAUGGACGUCUUGGGAAUUGCGUUCCGCAGGGAUAUUUUCCUGUGCACACGGCAGGUCUAUCCUCCUCUCCAGGACAAGGAACGCAGCAUUCACACCAAAGUGCAAGAGAAGAUCCUGCGUAAGCUCGGAGACAAUGCGUAUCCCUUCUUCUUUGAGUUUCCAGAUAACCUGCCUUGUUCUGUAGCCCUGCAGCCGGCGCCGACAGACCCAGGAAAGCGCUGUGCCGUGGAGUUUGAGGUGAAGGCGUUCUGUGCAGAAAAUCAAGAUGAAAAAGCCCAAAAGAGGAGUACAGUCCGGUUGGCCAUCAGAAAGAUCCAGUAUGCUCCAGAUAAAGGCGGCGCGGCCCCGAUGGGCGAGACCACCUGUGAAUUUGUGAUGUCUGAUAAACCGCUGCACAUGCGUGUCACUCUGGAGAAAGAGACGUAUUACCAUGGAGAGGAGAUCAACAUCAGCGUGGAAAUUGACAACAGUUCCAACAGGAACGUGAAGGACGUGUCAGUCUCAGUGGAGCAGAUUACUAAUGUGGUGCUUUACUCAAAUGACAAAUACAUCAGCCCUGUGGCCUAUGAGGACACCAUGGACACAGUGCCCGCUGGUACCAGUCUGAAGAAGGUGUUCACUCUCUGUCCUCUACUGAGCAGUAACCGCGAGAGACAUGGAAUCGCUGUGGAUGGAAAACUGAAGCAUGAGGACACUAACCUGGCCUCCUCUAGCAUCGUAAAGGAUGAAGUUCUGAAGGAGAUUCUGGGCAUGUUGGUGGCCUAUAGGGUGGUGUUGAAGUGUAAUGCGGUGGGCGUCAUUGGAACCAGUGAGGUUGCCGUGGAGGUUCCCUUCAAACUCAUGCAUCCCAAACCUGAUCCAGAGAGUGACGACACAACUGACCUGGUGUUCGAGGAGUUUAAACGCUCAUAUCUGAAAGGAAUCAUCGGCGAUGAUGACGAAUCUCCGGCUGAGCCUUGAGAGCCUUCUCCAUGGAUGACACGUAUAUGUGUUUUGUGCAGGCAGAAUCGUGCGUAUAAAGAUUCAGAAGCAUUAGUGGAUGCAUGUUGAGAUUGUGUAGAUGAUGUGAUGUGUUUUAAUGCAAGAACGUUUAAGCCAGGUUAGAAAAACAAACUGGCCGAAUAAUCAUAUGCUGCAGACUGCAUAAUAUAGUUAAAUUGAUCUUAGUUGCUUAAUAUUUGCAUUUUGAUGCAUAAGAUGUAUUUGAACCAAAAAAUAAAGCAGUUCACCUAAAAUAAACCUUGUUUCAAGUGUGAACUUAGCUUCUUAGUACAAUAAAAUUGUAAAUCUAGAUCUUUCCAUAAGAAUAACUGAUAUCAGUACGUAAUUUGUUGUAUUUGUCACAAAUGGAUGUAUUAUAUAGGAAAUCAUUUUGCAGUGUACAUUUUUAAAGAGGUCAAUUCUGUUGUUAUUUGCUCUGUAUAUGCUUUGAGAGAAAAUAAAACUAUUUGUGACGGCAAA